CGUCUUGUAAAACGGGUGAAGUCCAGCCCUUUUAGGAAAAUCCUAAUUUAUCCUGUUUGGGAGUACAUCCCAGAUCCUGGUCCUUAGGUCUUGGGCUGAAAAGAAGACAUUUAACAUCUACUGUACAUCAGAUACAGUGGAAUGACAUCUGCCGGCUCAUUCCACAUUAUCUUAUUUAACCCCUGAGAAAUACCUUGUAUAAUCUGCAUUUCAGUUCCUCAGAUGCCCAAGGUUUUGUUUGUGUUUUUCUUUGUUUUUUAACUUUCUCAGCUCUUGUGUGUCACAUUCCCUCUACGUGGAAUGGUCUUCCUCCCCCUUUCAGCCCAGCGAACACCCAUGAGCUCCAUCUUGGAUGUUUCUACUUCAGGGAAGCCUUCCUUGCCCCCUGGUGUCUCUGACUUCCUGCUGAGCUCCAAAUCGCUUGUUGGCGGAAAAGCAAAACUUGGCAGCAAAUGUCUAAAAUGAAGACCUCCCAGACUUUUGAGGAGCAGACGGAGUGCAUUGUGAACUUUCUUCUCGAAGAUUUCUUAGGCAUACCUUCACAGGCUGCUGCCACCCGGAGCCUGUGUGGUGUGGAUGAAGUGGAUUCAGGAGAGGCUUGCACCUUGGACGUGGCUAUCAUUGCUGGUCGCCUUCGGAUGUUGGGGGACCAGUUCAACGAAGAACUGGAAACUUCUGUCAGAAGCAUCAUGAAAGAAACUGCUUGGGGACAGGUAGAAGCUGUCCUUAAGGACACAGUAAACUCUCUCAGCGAGGCCUGGUGUGCUCAGGAUCCUACCUUAGCUUAUGGGAGAGCCUGUUUGGCGGUGUCAGUGAAACUCUUUGAAUGUGUGGCCCGCCUGGCUCCUGAAAUGGCAAGACAGAUGGUGAGACCCAUAACAAGUAUGAUCAAUGGGAAUGGCACCAUCCGAGAGUUCGUCCAGAGCCAGGGAGGUUGGGAAAAUGUGGAGAGCUGAAGAGGAGGCAGAACUGUUUCCCAGCCUGAACAUCUCUUUCUCUUGGACUGAUCUGGUGAUUGAUUUCUGGCAAUUAAAACAGAUAAACGACCAAAUAAAAAAAAAAAAC